UCAGUCUCACUAUGGCGUCUCAUCAAAUCAGGAUGGGCUUUUUCCACCGCCUCCUGUACUGGAAUUUAUCCCUCGCCGCUCGCUAUCAUACAUCUGGAUUUCUGUGCUGAGAGACGUCAAAUGUAGGCGAAAUGAAGGACGAGAAAAGCACCGCGCGGUCGCUCCCGAGUGCCGACACGGAGCGGAGAAAUGCAGCCGAUGUGGAGGACGGCCGGGCGGGCAGCGGAGCGGCGCUGAACCCGGUGCUGCACGGAGCUGGAUCUGACCGAGCCGCCGCACCGACAGCCCGAGCGGGAACCGGAAUACGCGUUUUAAAGCGUAACAUGAAGAGGAACGGCAGUCGAGGCUGUGUGACCCGGAAGACGCGUUUCGGCUCUCGUGAGCGGGACUGGCUGAAGGGCGACACUCAGAGGGGCUGCGUAUGUCUGUAUGGGGCCUCGGAGCCACAGCCUCCACCCUCGGGCCCUCAGACCUCCAGCAGCGGUCAGCCCGACCUCAAGCUGGUGCUGUGCUCCACCAACACCCCCGCUGAGGAGCUGUGCGCUCAGAGAGACGUGCAGGGCCUUUACCUGCAGCUGCAUGGAGACCUAAUCAGGAGGCUGGACCCCUCCGAGCGCCCUCUUCAGAUGGUCUACGACUACCUGACGGCAAUGGGCUAUGAAGACCCGCUGCGUGUCCAGCAGGAGGCCGCCAACUCAGACCUCAGCUGCAUGAUCCGCUUCUACAGUGAGAAACCGGUGAACGCAGACCAGCAAGAGCGCACUCUUCUGAAGGGGGUGUUCAGCGUCAGGAAGGGGAAAACACAGCUGCACAAAUGGGCCGAACGACAGGUCAUCCUGUGCGGGACCAGUCUGAUCGUGGCCUCCGUCAAAGACAGCCUGACUGGAAAGAUGCACAUCUUACCCUUAGUCGGAGGGAAGGUGGAGGAGGUAAAGAGGCGACAGCACUGUCUGAUGUUCAGCUCCGCCGGGCCUCAGGCUCAGACCUACUAUGUGAACUUCGACACGUUGGCCGACUACCAGCGCUGGCAUCGGCAGGCCUCCAAAGUGGUGUCUCAGACUAUAAGUCUUGUGGAUUUGUCCUGCUACAGUCUGGAGGAAGUGCCCGAGUAUCUGUUCUACUGCCAGGACAUCACACACCUCAACCUGCGGCACAACUUCAUGAGGCUGGACGGCCCGGGAGGACUCGCCAACUUCAACAGUGUGUUUCAACGAUAGUUUUGCUGCUGUUUGUGUAUCACUCGGUUUUAAAGGGACAAUUUAACCAAAAAUGGACAUUUCUGCAUCAUGCACUGAUUUGAAACUUGAAUUUUUGUCAUCUGUCGAACACAAAACAAGAUAUUGUGAAGAAUGGGGAUAUCGUGAUGUCUGUAGUGAGGGAAACGACUACCAUUGAAGUCAAUGACUUUAUUUUGUCUUCUUUUGUUUAAGAGACGAAAGAAACUGGCAGAGGACGAGUAAAUGAUGGCAGAAUUGUCUUUUUUUUUUCCAUCCAUGAUAAAAUAACAUGAUAUUUUACUUGUGAUCCAAGAUUUUCAUGUCUUAAAAUGUUUUUUUU